AUGAGCCGCCGCGCGCCCUAUACGCGCCCGGCGAGGGGAUUUCAUCAUCGCGCGCAAUCCGCGCUCCCCGCCCCUCCGCCCUGCCCGGAUGCAGCAGCGGGACCCCCGGCCUGGAAGGCCGUCUCCGGUGACUGGGGCGGGGCAUCCGAAAGGAGGGCGCGAUAGAAGCCUUUCUGCCCAGGCACGGCAGAAGUGGGGAGCACUGCGCUAGCGAGCAAGAACUUCGUGCUCCUGCAAGGCGUCGCUGGCUGGAUUCUAACCAACGUGAACCUGAAUGACAAGAAACAAGCAAGUGCACAGGAAGAGCAGCGAAAGCGCAAGACCAGAAGAGAGGAGGUGACGGUAGAACGCUUCAGGAAACAUCCUCUCCAGAACAGGUGGGUCCUAUGGUUCUUCAAAAAUGACAAGAGCAAGACAUGGCAGGAGAACUUAAGACUUGUCACCAAGUUUGACACUGUGGAAGACUUUUGGGCGCUGUAUAGUCAUAUCCAACUGGCCAGCAAGCUGACCUCAGGCUGUGACUACUCUCUUUUCAAGGAUGGUAUUGAGCCUAUGUGGGAAGAUAAUCGGAACAAACGGGGUGGCCGCUGGCUUAUUGCACUGGCCAAGCAGCAGCGGCAUACAGAGCUUGACCAUUUCUGGCUGGAGACAUUGCUGUGUCUGAUUGGAGAAAUGUUUGAUGACUACAGUGAUGAUGUCUGUGGGGCUGUCAUCAACAUCCGUGCCAAGGGGGACAAGAUUGCAAUCUGGACCCAGGAGGCAGAGAAUCGAGAUGGAGUCACUCAUAUUGGGCGUGUGUACAAGGAGCGCCUGGGCCUGUCUUCAAAAGUGGUGAUUGGUUAUCAGGCUCAUGCAGACACAGCCACCAAGAGCAGUUCCCUCAUGAAGAACAAGUUUGUGGUGUGAGCGACUGCGGUAGAGCCUCCCAGUUGGCAGGAUCUUUGGGGCAGUUGGAGGGAGAUGGGAGGGAUUGGUAUAUAUUGCUUUGUUCUUGGGAAACUAAAAUAUUGUAGCUCAGCACUUAUAUGCUUGUGUCUUUGCCCAAGAUUGGAGGCUUGUGAAA